CAAAUCGUGUUGUAACAACUCUAUAUGACAUCCGGCGUUUGCGAGCUCGUAUUUUCGAAGCCCGACGAUAGGCGAGGGGAAGUCGUCACAGUCGAUAACGGUCGCCCGUUAGAGCGAGAUAGUUGCGCCAAGUUUAACGCUAGAGAAAAGGAUGGAAGAACAGAUGCGGGCUAGCAUGCGGGCACUAAUGCGGGGGCCAUUUUCCUCAGUCUGUCUGGCAGUUUGAAGCUUAGCUUUCGUCAUAUCACAGCGCACGUAACGAAAACAAACUAGAGCGAAGAAAAUAUAUAAAAUGCCGGAUUUGCUCGUUUGUCGAGCAUGUUUGGCGUGCAAAGUUCCUGUUUACAAUAUAUUACGAACAAGAUAUGAACAGGCGUUCGAGAGAAUGACUGCUAUAUCGAUGGCAGACCGCAUCAAGCCACACGCGCUCUGUGCCCCCUGUUUGGAGACCCUGGACAAGUGCUGCAGACUGCAGGAGAAAUGUGCCAUCUCAGAAGGCAUCCUAAACCGAUUGCUGCAUCAGAACCAGCUCACUGAAGACGCCAUUGCCGCUGUCGAUCGACAGCAGCACAACUUAGUUGACACCCUUCCAACAUUCACACUGGAGACUAUUGGGCCCAGUGAAGUUGAAAAGCCGGAAGGUAUCAAGAAUAAGACAUACUCUAAUACUGAACCUUGGGAGACCCGAAAGCUUGAGGGUCCGACAGAUGCCACGCUUAAUACAAAGUCUGGUAAAAGGCAAAGUUCAGAAAAUCCAAUGGACGAAACUGUGCUUAGGAUUGAGCCUGAUAAAACUCAAAGUCUUGAAGAUCUGAAACAUGUCGUAGUUAAAACAGAGCCUGACAAAAGUCCAGAAAAUCCUACAAAUAAUGUUAUGACCUGGAUCGAGCCUGGAGAACCGACUGUGUGUCAGAUGGUUAAGAUUGAGCCUGGAGUAUCGCAGAGUUUUGAAGUGACUGGUAACGAGGAGCAAUCAAUGAGUCAUUUUGUCAAAGAACCAUUCAACCAAUCUAACCACACCAUAUCUAUAGAAACAGUAAAACUUAAAGAGACGCCGUAUAUCCAAAUUGAUGCAGGAAAAUUAUUAAAAAAUGUAAAAUCUGAAGAUGAAAGUUUAGUGGAAAUUUAUAAAAUGAACCAACCCAUUGACAUUGAAUUUAGUCAAGAAAGCGAUGAUAAAAAUAAUAUAAAAGAUAUUCUAGCUUCAAAUUCAAGCAAAAAUGUCAAGGAUGUUAAAGUACAUUUUAUAGAAAACUGUAAGGUAGAUGGUAGAAGAAUAAAGAAGGUAUCGAGUGUUAAAUGUGAGGCAAAUAAACUAAAAACUCCAAAGCAAAAACCAACAAAUAAAUCUUACCAAUGCAACACAUGCUACUACCAAACCCCAUACCAAAAUAGACUAACAUACCAUAUGAAGAAACACUCAGGAUUCGUCGUAUGCGCUGUCUGUGAUUACCAAUGUGCUACAAAAAGUAGAUUAGUGUCCCACCUUCGUGUACACACUAAAGAACGUCCAUACGUAUGCAAAGAAUGCAACAAAGGAUUCACCGAACUAUGUACUUUAACCAAACACAUGAAUUUGCAUAAGGGAGUGAAACCUUAUAAAUGUUUGUGGUGUGCAUAUGAGGCUGCUAGUAAGAAUCAUUUGGACAGACAUAUCAAGAGGCACACAGGCGAUAAGCGGUUUAAAUGUGAGCUGUGUGAGUACGCGUGUGUGCAGAAGUGCGAUUUGAAGAGGCAUGGUAAAAUUCAUGAGAAUGAGCGAGCUCGGUCCUUCAAGAGGGUAGCUCCGGUCAUUAUAAAGGCUGUUAGCAUGGCUAAGGAAUAAUGUAGGUAAUUUAUUGAGAGUAUUUUUACCUAGGGCUCACAUUGCCAAUAGUGCCUAGUUGGGGCCUAGCCUAGUCGAUUUAAAUAAAAGGGGUCAGAGUUAGACCAAGAAAAGUCGGCAACGAUUUUGGUAGCAUACGCAGUUUAUAUGUCAUAACUGCAUAGAAGUUUGACGUUUAAAAUAACACUUCCACUACGUGUGUUAUCAAAAUCGUUGCAGACUUUUCUUGGUCUAACUAAUAUUUACUUAUUAUUUCUAUCCGGUCUUCGAACACCGUCUGGGAGGGGCAGAGAACCGUAUUCUAACGCAUUUACUGCCAAAGUUUUCCUAGUGCUACGCUCAUAGCCUAUCCCCGCGUUUUCCCGCUUUGUAGUGGAAACCGACUACGAACAGAGAACCCGCCGAGCUGUUACUGUACUAUGUUAUUUCAUUUAUGCUUAUAGCAGCAAGAAGUGUUCGGCGACCGAAUACUUAUAAUGUAGCAACUCCUUUAG